AUGAAAUUGGUUGAUCUGACAUCAGUGCCGCCGUGGUAUGGCGACAAUGAGUACAUACGUCGGCACUUUCGGCCGCCGACACCAUCGUUCAAGUACUGUCUCAAGUCGUCAGUAUUACAUUUACACAACGAGUCGGGCAAUAUCUUCACCCAUUUAAUUGGUUCCCUAAUCUUUGCCUAUCUGUGGUACAGUUCGAUGAGUCACGCGGUAUACAUGAACUCUUCGUUCAUCGAUAGAGUCAUAUUCGGCGCCUUCUUCACCGGUAUUAUCAUUUGUAUGAUAAUGUCGACACUGUUUCAUGCCUUUCGAUGUCACUCGAGAAGAGUCUUUAAAUUGUUUGCUAAGCUGGACUACUGUGGUAUAACUAUAUUGAUUGCCGCCUCAUUCAUCCCAUGGAUAUACUAUGGUUUCUACUACUUUCCGACGGCACGUAAUCUAUACCUAUCGUCAACAGUGUUGUUAUGUAUGGCGUGUUUCGUGAUCUCCUUGUUUGACAAAUUCAGUGAACCGGAGCUCAGGAAAAUUCGCAGCGCUAUAUUCCUAUUGAAUGGAUGCUCAGCUAUCUUUCCUUGUUGUCAUCUGUACUUUCAACUCUACAUGUUUGGCCCGACUGCCGCCCAAUUGGCCCUUAGGUCGAUACAGUUGUUAGUAUUUAUGGGCUCAUUGUAUAUAAUAGGCGCCCUGUGUUACAUGUAUAAGAUACCGGAGCGCUGGUCUCCCGGCAAGUUUGACCUGUGGUUCCAUUCGCAUCAAAUCUUCCACACACUGGUAGUGUUGGCGGGUCUGACAUACUUUCAUAGUAUGUCACUCAUGGCUGAGGCAAGACUUAACCAACGAAUGCACCAAAACAACGAUUUGGCUUUCCUUAGCACCGAUUGAUUGAUUGACUGCACUAUCACUGAAUGACCAAC